AUCUUUCUCGCCUCAUUUUCUGCAUUCAGUUUCUCACUCUAAUUAACUCCCUCUCUCUUUCAUCACAGCAUAUUACUAGUUUUUUUUAAUAACUGCGUCUGUUUGUUUUUCUGCGUGCGUGAAAGUUGAAACCCUAGUUUAUCUGUUUUGCUCAUAUUUUGCCUCCCUAUGCUCUCUCAAUUGUCAGUUCAUAGGUUUUUAAUCUACAACACAGAGAAGGAAAAAUAUAUUACCUUUCGUGUUUUGGUGUGCUGGGAAAUUAAUGGUAUAGUGAUCUUUGUUUAAGAAGGGUUUUAUUUCAUUAUUUGUGCUGCACAUUGAUGUGCUAGAGAAGUAUUUUAAUUGGUUUUAGUUAGAUGAAUUCUCGCUAACUCAUUGUGAAUUACUAAAUUGUGCACUGGAAUUUAUGGAUUUCCUAGAGGCAAGGGGAAAAAAGACAGGAUGAGUGUUGAGUGAAGAGCCAGACAGCCAAUUGAUAUUUGAUCCAGAAAAUACUGUAUAGAGGGAGAUACAAAUCUGCUCCUCAUCAAGCACGCAUAUAAGAUGGACGAUGGGGGUCGACGAGAAAGUAGGAGACACAGAAUGGAUUGCUCCAAAGGAGGUCAUGCGCCGUGGAACGUGGUACCUCCUUACCAGAUGAAGGACCAAGAGGCUUUCAUCAUGAAUACGAAAAUCAGAAUGCUCUGCGCUGAACGAGACGCUGCUGUUGAAGAACGGGAUAGAGCAGUGAUUGAAAAGAAUACAGUAUUAGCAGAGCGAGAUUUGGCAAUCCAGCAGCGAGAUACAGCAAUUGCUGAGCGAGAUACUGCCAUAAAAGAAAGGGACAAUGCAAUUGCUGCCCUCCUCUUUCAGGAAAGUACCAUGAAUGGAACAUUGGGUUGUAGGACACGUGGAACAAAGCGCCCUAAUCAAAGUAAAAAUCAUUGCGACAAUAGCACUGAUUCUAUUUGUAUCAAUAGGGAUGUGCCCUUAACUGAUGCUUUUCCUAUAUCUGCCAUUUCAUCUGAAGUUGCCAAGGCACUCCAAGUAAAACGAACAAAGGGAAACAAAGGCAUGUCAAGGAAGACAAAGAAAGUGAAUGAAGAUUUGAAUCGACAUCUUACAACGGAUGGAUCUAAAGCUGAAUGGGAUGCUCAGGAUCUUGGGUCAAUAAACCAGAUCAAGUUUGACGAAUCUUCCAUGCCAAUACCUGUUUGCACGUGUACCGGAAUACCAAGGCAGUGUUACAAAUGGGGAAGUGGGGGCUGGCAGUCAUCUUGCUGCACUACAUAUCUGUCAGAGUAUCCACUACCGCAAUUGCCAAACAAACGCCAUGCCCGUAUUGGUGGUAGGAAAAUGAGUGGAAGCGUAUUUAGCAGAUUGCUUACAAGGCUUGCAGCAGUUGGCCAUGAUCUGUCUUUGCCCAUUGAUCUCAAGACUUAUUGGGCCAAACAUGGUACGAAUCGCUACAUUACCAUCAAGUGAUACAUAAAUGUUUGGUUGGGCGAGGAGUUGCCUUUUGUGGGGGGUACAUAUUAGGUCUGGACACUAAAGAUGCUUGAUUGGUAUCGGAAGAAGGGAAAAAAAGCUUGACUAUUAUCAAAAGCCCUUUUGAGAUGUUCUCGAUGACCUUGUGCUGUGAUAAAAUACCAUGCAAUUUACUUUUGGAUCAGUGAUUAGCAGCACUAUGUUUGGUAUUUUGUUGGCAAUCUAAGUUUUGCACUUAACCUUGUACAAAGGUGUUUCUAGGAAUGGCAGAUCUACUAUUUUGAGCUUCCCUUUAUCAUAACCAAUAAGGAGGCUUCUACAUUGUUUCAUGUUUAUCAUCUUAAAUCGAAGCUUAGCGAGUUAGCGUGUUCAUUAACU